AUGCUGGGCAUGUUAGCAGUAAUGAUUGCUUGGUUCGCCCAGCUUGCGUUUCUACAGGCCAGUGGUACCUGUUUGGUUCAGGAUUUCUAUGUCAGCUUUGGAGCGGACCCUUUUCUUGCCUCGUUCAGUGGAUGCUAUGUAGCAGAUGGUCUGAUCAAUAAUCGAUUGUCAUAUUCUCAAAUUGGAAGUGAGGCCAAGUUUGGAUUUUGCGAAGAAAUAGACAAGCGUGAAAAUGGAGGAGGAUGGACUCUGUAUUUGGGAUCGUCGCCGUGUCCUUCUGAUUCUUAUUACAACGAGGUCUUGGCCAUAUCUGAACCGACGAGGUCCUUCCACUUGCCUCUGUUGGAUCCCGCAAAAUGGCACAUGCCCACAAAAUGGGCACCAAUUGAAGUGGUGCGCUUUGAUCCUGGUGUGCAUUGUUCCAUCACUCUAGAAGAGCUGCACUACUUUCACGAUCCAUGCAUUGCUUUUAAUGUAACUAACAAAAAUGGCCAGAAAACGUUUGAAAAAUUGGUGACUGAACCGAGUGAGGAAUAUCCUUGUCGAGACCCCACAACCUGUCGGUCCAUCUAUGUUAGCAGACCGGAUGCUGAUGGUUGUUCUGGUGAUAUCGACAUCAUUUACUUUACUGGUAAUUCCUGGGCGUACUCUGGAGCGGCAUGGGAUUUGAAAAUUGAAAGUAGUGGGGAAGAAUUAACGAACGAUGACAUUCGAAGUUUCUUUUACAAAGGAGAUGGCUUCAGGAUGGAGACUCAUUUCAAAUACGGAACCACAAGGUACAUUACACUGCCUUGGUUUAGGAGUCACUUGCCUUUCGAUGAAUCUUGGUAUGAGCCUCUGCAUCAUUCCAUUGUCUACCACAUGAGCGAGUCGGAGAAUCUUUUUUUCUACCUCCCCUACGCAAAUCUAGAGAAAGAAGCCGAUUUGAAGUUUGAGUGCGUGGCUGGCAAUACAAGAACGUAUACAGUAGGUUGCUUCCAGAACGAAUUUUCGUUUGGUGAUGCUGCGUGCCUGUGUAGGGAGUCCAUUCCAGAGCGUUUUGAUCUAACAACUCCACGGGGUUUGGCAGUUCAAGAUAUCAUCAACGACUGCGGUACAAUUGAAAUGUGCGCGGAAUUUGCAGCUGAUGACAGUAGUUUGGUGGUGAGAGGUCUGAUUCAGGAGAGAUACGCCCUCGCCGUGGUGAAGAAUACUUUUGGUAUCGAGUCGCAGGGAUGGGACGGAAACAGCUGCACAUCUUGGUUGGGAGAGACGGUCGAGCUGAAGUGCGAUAACCAGACUAGUGUACAACAAUUGAUCUUUUUGGACUCGGACACAGUAAAACAUUAUGGUACAAUACCACCGGAAUUGCAAUUGCUCUCCAAUCUGGAACACUUGGACUUGGGACAGAACGCCAUUCGCGGUCAUAUUCCAGAACAAAUUGGUUUUCUUGGAGCAUUAACCUACCUCGAUUUAUUCGAUUGUAGUCUUACUGGAGUCAUCCCUGACGGGCUUGGAUAUCUCUACAACUUAAAAUCUUUGUACUUGUCUGAGAACAAACUUUCUGGUCAAAUCCCAAAUUUUGGACAUCUGGAAAACCUUGAGGUCCUUUCCAUGUACAACAAUUCGUUAUCUGGGACUAUCCCAGCCGAGAUGGAAGCCAAUGUGAACCUCACUUGUUUUGCCCAAGGAAACUCCAUCACUGGUACAUCGAAAGUUUGUCAGCUGUAA